GCCUAACAAUAAAGCCAAGAGAGGCUACAAAAACCUUAGCAUCAUCUUUGUCUCUUUGUUGGAUCCCUCUGUGAACUUGCUCCAAUCCCCAUAAACAAAUCACUCACUCAAUCAUUAGAUCCAUGUUCAAAUCCUUUGUUUCUUCUCUUGGUUUGAUGUUCUCAAAGUUUCCUUUUUUUUUUCUUCAAUCAUUCUCCAUUUCCUGAAUUCUUAGAACGAUAUCUGAAGUGAAACUGCUGAGUUUUGUGCUUGAUUUCAAUUCAAGUGAAUUCCAAAGAUUGAACUUGUUUUUGCUGCUGUGAUGGCAAAAGAAGUUCAUGUUUGCUGCUGCUCUUGUUUUGCUGUGCUUGACCACAAUCUCAAAUUCUCAAUCAAUUGAAACUAAAGCUCUUCUGGAGUUCAAAAGCCAGCUGAUUGAUCCUCUGAACUAUCUUGAUAACUGGAUUGAAUCUCAAUCCCCCUGCCAGUUUCAUGGUGUUACUUGUGAUGUUACAACCUCCGGGCAAGUCAUCGGUGUUUCGCUUACGAACUGGUCUCUUUCGGGCAACAUAUCGGCUUCGGUUUCUAAACUUGAGAGCCUGAAAACUCUUGAGCUUGGAGAGAAUCAAAUCUCUGGCACUCUCCCUGCAGAGAUUGUGAAGUGCUCAGGUUUGCAGGUUCUCAAUGUUUCGUAUAACAAGCUCGGUGGGAACUUGCCUAAUCUUUCUUCUUUGACAAACUUGACAACUCUUGAUGUUUCUGACAACAAAUUCACCGGUGAAUUUCCUGCAUGGAUUGGUGGGCUCACUAGCCUUGUCAACCUUGGCUUGGCGGAAAAUAACUUCGACGAAGGAGGGAGUCUGGAGAGCAUUGGCAAUCUGAAGAACUUGACAAGUUUGUUCUUGAAGCAAUGCAAUCUCAGAGGAGAGAUUCCAGCUUUCAUUUCCCAAUUCACAUCACUGGAGACAUUGGAUCUUUCAAAGAACCAUCUUGUCGGAGAAUUUCCGAAAGGCAUAUCCAAUCUAAGAAACCUUUCAAAGAUCGAGCUAUUUCAGAAUAAUCUCACUGGAGAGUUCCCAGCAGAAAUAGCAGAACUCAGCAACCUGCUUGAAAUUGAUGUCUCCCAUAAUCAACUGAGUGGAACACUCCCUCCAAAACUUGGCACACUGAAGAAAUUGAAGGUGUUUCAAGUAUUCAGCAACAAUUUGUCCGGUGAACUUCCUCCGGGUUUCGGUGACUUGGAGUUCCUAAUUGGCUUCUCUUUAUAUGAAAACAAUUUCUCUGGUGAGUUCCCUGCAAACUUCGCCCGCUAUGCGCCACUUGCCAGUAUCGAUAUAUCUGAAAACAACUUCUCCGGCAGCUUCCCCAGGUACUUAUGCCAGACCAACAAGUUGAAUUUUCUGCUUGCUCUUGGGAACAACUUCGACGGUGAGUUCCCGGAUACUUAUGCACGUUGCAAGUCACUGGUGAGGUUUAGGAUCAAUCAGAAUCAAUUCACCGGAAAGGUUCCUGAUGGUCUAUGGGGAUUACCUUCUGCUGUGAUCAUCGAUGUAUCAGAUAAUGGUUUCACAGGAGGAAUAUCUUCAGUUAUUGGCAUUUCACAGAGUCUUACUCAACUCAGUGUGCAGAAUAACAGGUUUUCCGGUGAGCUUCCAGCAGAGAUUGGAAACCUUGAUUUGCUGCAGAAGUUGGUGGCUUCGAAUAAUUCAUUUUCUGGACAAAUACCUUCAACCAUCGGCAAAUUGAAACAACUAACGUCGUUGCAUUUGGAGGACAACGAGUUUUCUGGAUCUAUACCUUCAGAAAUCAGUAUGUGCAGUGAAAUGGUGGACUUAAAUCUUGCCGAUAAUUCAUUCAGUGGUUCAAUUCCACAAAGGUUAGACUUGCUGACAUCUCUUAACUCGCUGAAUCUGUCUCAAAACAAACUUUCAGGUUCAAUUCCAGAUGGUUUGCAAUCACUGAAACUCAGUGCACUUGAUUUAUCAAGAAACCAAUUAUCUGGAAGAAUUCCGCCGGAACUUCUGGUUAUAGCUGGAGAUGAAGCCUUUGUUGGGAAUGCUGGACUUUGCAUCAAUGAUAAUGGUGAUUUAAGAAACCAGAGAGAUUCUUUGUUGGGUGUCUGCAAUAUGAACCAUGAACAUAAGAAGAAAAUGUCAGGAAAGAGAUUGGUUUACAUGUCGAUAAUGUCGGCCAUGAUAGUCCUAUUGUUUGGACUGGUAUUUGUGAGUUACAAGAGCUUCAAACUUGAAGAAUCAAGAAGACAGAAGGAUUCAGAAGACGGAAUGGAAGACGAUUCAAACUGGAAGGUGGAAACUUUCCAUCCAACAGAACUUGAUCCAGAAGAAAUUUGUAACUUGGAAGAAGACAAUUUGAUUGGAAGUGGAGGUGCUGGUAAAGUUUACAGAUUGGAACUGAAUAAGAACAGAGGAACAGUUGCAGUAAAACAAUUGUGGAAAGGCAAAGGCGCAAAAGUUAUAAUGCCGGAAAUAGUUAUCUUGGGCAAGAUCAAGCACAGAAACAUACUGAAACUUUAUGCUUGUAUGACUAAAGGUCCAGUGAGCUUCCUUGUGUUUGAAUACAUGCCAAAUGGUAAUCUUUAUCAAGCUCUUCGCCACGAAUUCAAAGGCGGGAAGCCGGAGUUAGACUGGAACAAACGGUAUAAGAUAGCAGUUGGGGCUGCCAAAGGCUUGAUGUAUCUGCACCAUGAUUGCUCACCUGCAAUUGUUCAUAGAGACAUCAAAUCCACAAACAUACUGUUAGAUGAAGAUUACGAAGCAAAGAUUUCUGAUUUCGGGAUUGCAAAGAUUGCCGAAGAGUCUGAAUUGUCUACCUUUGCUGGUACUCAUGGUUACAUUGCUCCAGAGCUCGCAUAUUCGGUUAAGCUGACAGAGAAGAGUGAUAUCUAUAGCUUUGGAGUUGUGCUGCUGGAAUUACUGACAGGACGUAGCCCAACAGAUCCAAUUUUCGGCGAAGGGAAAGACAUUGUUUACUGGGUAUCAACUCACCUUGAUGGAAUGAAGUUCUUCCAAGUUUUAGACCCCAAGAUUUCUGCUUCUGCUGAGGAUGACAUGAUCAAAGUCUUGAAGAUUGCGAUACUCUGCACGAAGAAGUUGCCGUCAGCGCGUCCAACCAUGAGAGAGGUUCUCAACAUGCUGAUAGAUGCCAAUCCUUGCAAUGCUGUUAAAGCUAAGCAUCCCACCAAGAACGGCUAGAAAUGUAAUCUGUAUCACAUGUCUAAAUAACUAUUUUAUAGCAAUUAAUGGGAGAAACUGUAUCAGCCUAUCAGAUCGAAAUUAGUGAAAUUAACAAGUUUUCAGAGCAAAGAACUGAAUA